AACUGCUGAUUUUUCAAUUUUUGUUCUAGGCUAAAUGUUGCAAUACGAUUAUUGAUUUCAGUAUUAACUGUUCACCUUCGUAGGUAUCACUAGAUAAAUCAGUUUUUCACUUAUCCACUUUUCCAAGUACAAAUUAUUUAUUCAAGUGUUUAAUUCCCUAGAUAUAUUGUACAUUUUUGCUCACAUAAUGGCUCUAUAUUUAAGAAGUAUACACAGACUAUGCACAGCUAGACAAACAAUGUCUUUCCAACCUCCAACAAUACACCGUAUGAUUACCAUGCAAGUGAAAACUGUUCAAGAAGUUGAGGCGAAAUUAGAAGAGACUCACGAUAAUAAAAAUUACCGCCUUAAUAGACCUAUGUCUCCUCACUUGUCUAUUUACAAGCCUCAAUUAACAACCAUAUUAUCUAUUACUCACCGUGGAACUGGAGUGGCAUUAAGUGGUGUUACUACUGGAAUAGCAGUGUUAUUUUUGUUCACUGAUGUGCCAACAUUUGUGCAAUUUGUACAUGGGUUAGAACUACCAUCAGCUGCUAUCGUGUCAGCUAAAGGAUUAGUUGCUUAUCCAUUCUUCUAUCAUUUAUGUAAUGGUGUUAGACAUUUGGUGUGGGAUGCAGGUAAAUGCUUGACCAUUAAACAAGUUUAUUCAACUGGAUAUGGUGUAAUUGUUGGUAGCUUACUUCUAACAGCAUUGUCUUUAGCUUUUACUACAUAAAUGAUAUAAACAAUAAAAUGUUCAGUUUCUUA